UUGGCCGAGAAACGGCCCGUGGGGAGGUAGCCAGAGCGACGCCGUUUCUAAGUGGUGAAAUGGACCGUCAAUCAAGGACGUCACCGUCCGUCGCUCUGGAGCGGGUGGUCGGGUGUUGGUGAUGGCGGUCGUGUGGAGUUGGCGGUCGCUGUGAAGUCGAGGAUGGGUCGGUUUGAUGGCUGAGCCAUGCACUCAGCUGGCUUGUCGGUACAUCAGAUCCUGAGCCUGGGCCUGAUCCCCCGGGUCGGGAACGCGACCUGCCCUGGAAAUGUCACCACAGCCUUUUGCCAGUUCUCGGAGAUGUGGUAUGCAGUGUUCCUUUGGGCCUUGCUGUCUGCGGUUUUUAUCUAUGUUCCUGCUGGAUUACUGGCAUUUGUAAUGUUACGACACCACAAAUAUGGACGUUUCAUGUCAUUGGGCAUCCUGGCAGGGAUCCUUGGACCAAUCACUGCAGCAGUGUUGACCAGUGCAGCUAUUGCUGGUGUCUACAGAGCUGCAACAAAGCAAAUGGUGCCUUAUGAAGCUCUGGUUCUUGGAGUGGGACAGGUAUUUUUCAUUGUGGCAAUUGCUUUCCUACGAAUUUUGGCAACUUUAUAGCAGAAGGUGAUCUGCUCAUCUGAGCAGGGUUACAGAGUCAACAACUGCAAAUGUAUGGCUGCAUGAAAACUACACUCUACCGGUGGAAUUCAAAGUAAGCUGAAUGCCAAUUAUUGCUGCUCAACAAAAAUGAAUUGACAAAAUCAUACAUCAAAAUCAGCAUCUCAAUGGGUGGCCAAGCUUGACGAACAAAGAACGUGAAUACCUGUCUUAAAUUACUGAGAUCUGUUUUCUUUUUCAAAAGUGAAAGCCAAAAGAGGUAAUUUGCAUUAAAAGGCACACAAAUAGACUUCUGUUUUCCACACUUUAAACAUGAGGUUAAGACUUGUAUAAGUAUUUUGUAAAAAAAAAAGUUAUAUAAUGUUUAUUGUAGGAUUAGAAUGCAGACCAUCUCAAGUUCUUUCUAGGAUGUACAGAAAUUGUAUUUUCAUUCUACUCACUGCAUCUCAAUAUUUCAACAGUAGGAAUAAUUAUGAAAUGGCAACCAAAACACACAUAACUGAAGAUUACCAAAGGGUAGGUCACAUUAGAAAACAUACUCAAAGAAUUGAAAUGUUGACUGCUUCACAGUUUAAACAAAGUGAACAGUCCAAACAAUGCGUGGACUCUCAUUUUUAGAGUCCGCUUAUUUUAUAAUUUGUGGGUAAUUUCAGAAUGCUUUGACUAUAAAAGUUGAAUAGUUUGAUAGAAAUGAAAUUCCAUUGUUUGAAAUUGUGACCUAAACGAUUCUUUAUUGUGCACUCAACUCAGUUAAACAUUGAUUAUAAAUAUCUAUUUGUCUUUUUACACUAUACAGAAAAGUAGUAAAUAUUGCUAAGUAAGUAACAUUUAUUUAAGAACAUAUUGAUUAUAAAACAAAACAAGUUUGUGUAUAAUUUUAGUGGCAAUUUUCUUAACAGCCAAAACUAAGGCUCAGAGCUGCCCUAAAUGCCAAUGUCAUGUUCUUUACUUCUGAAGACACGCUAAAUAAGCAAAUUUAGUUUUCUUAAUGUAGAUUUAGUGCUGCAAGUAAUUUGCUAAGCCAAUGACUGAGAACGUCAUCCAUAUUUCAGGCUAAUUAACAGGUACUGGCUCUUGAUUAUAUAUGUAAAAUGUAGAGCAUGACUUUGGAAAUGAUCUGUAAUAAUAACUACGACAGCCUGUUAAGUUUGUUUCUUAUUUUGAUGGAAUUUCUUUUCAGUGACAACUUUUUUGGCAUUGACUUGCGUUGAUUGCAGCAGUAACAGCAUGUGUAUGUACAAUUCAGGUGUGCCAACUGUUUUAAUAUUUUCUAGUAUUUAAAUCAGCAAUUUUAAUAUUUGUACAUUAUUGUUGAAAUGCUCCAUGUUUUCAUGUUGAGCCUAUGCAUGAGAGCAUUUGUUUGGUCAUGUAUAUGAGCAAUUGUUAAUGAACCCAUCUUAGAUUAACUGUGAGAAAAAACAGUCUUCAAGCCUGUGUUGACAAAAUGUACUGGAUAACUAUGAAAGCUGAGUGUCUUACAUGCUGACGUUUCCAGUUGAACAGAUUUCCAUGAUUUGCCAACCAUUUAAACAGGUUUGAAUAUAGUUUCUAAUUUUGCAUAUGGUGAUAUAUUGCUGCAAAAUAAUUUGUUUAGCUGCUAUAAAAAAAAAUGAUAGAUCCCACUAAUUUAUACAGCCUCCUCUUUUCAAAGUAGCUAGACAUUAAUAUUUUGGACUAGUAAAUGGGAGAAUCAGAAAUCAUGUCAACAUCAUCAUUAAACCUGAUCCCAUUUCAAUUAUUCUAUGUGAUAAAACAUCUUUCAAUGAAAGCUAUCAGUUGGCAAGUCCAGACAAAACUUUGAUUUGUAAUAAAAAUAUCAAGGAAAUCAUUUGUUCAUCACAAAAUAUGCAGGAAGAAGGAUGCGAGUUGGUAAUUUUCAUUGAAAAUUAAAUGGAAUGCUACACUCUACCCUCCAAAAUUCCGGGGAGAUUCCAAGUGAUAAAAAUAGGAUUCCAUUUGGUCAACAUUAAAUAUUGGCCUUAUGGGUAAUGUACAGGAAAAUACUAGGAAUAUUCACCUAUAAGAAAGACCUGUCUUUUCACUUAUAAUCUGAUAUUUUCCUCAUGUUUUAUUCAAUAUGUCUGUUUGUACCUUAUUCUAUCCUUUUAACCAGAGGAGUAUUUCUAAAUUAUUUCAUGCUGCCCUGCAAAUUUGCUUAUGUCAAGUCAAUGGUUGUGAUACUGUCAAUACCAUAGAUACAAUAUACAAGUCUGCUAUGCUUUGCCUGCAGUUAUAUACCUGGUGAGUGUGAAUAUAGUGUAAGUACAUUUGCACUUUUUAUUUUGCUGUUGGUUAUGUUUAAACCACAUUAGUGAAGAUUUACUAAUCAUUAUCACUUGCAUUCAUUAUACAAAUUUGUUUAUCGUUCAAAUGGUACGUUUUUGUAAUAUUCAAUGUAUGCAGUGGAAGCCUCUAACCUGUGACAUCUCUUUCUAAAUGGAUCAUCAUGGUACAGUCAAAUAGGUCGUUAACUUGCUUGAUUGUUCCUUAAACAUGUCUAACAAUGUGAAUUUAAGUGUUUAUUAUGGGUUUUUAAUGCUGUGUAAUGAUCAAAUUUGUUUUGAAAUUUAUAUUGUCAACAUGGGGAAAUCAGAAUUUUUAUUUUUCUACUUACAUUGCUAAUUUUGGUGAUAUUUGCUGGAAAAUAUUUAUACA